AUGAAGGUCUCGCCCACCACCCUCUUCGCGCUCGCGGCCGCCCUGGCCGCCGUCGACGCGCGUCCCGUCGACAACGCCGCCGCCGUGCCCGAGAAGCGCACGUUCGGCCUCCUCUCCGGCCUCUUCGGGGGUAAGGGCGGCGGUGGCGGCGGAUCGAGUGGCUGCACCCUCUGUGGUCUCUUUGGCGGCGGUUCUGGCGGUGGCGGCUCGGGCGGCUCGGGCGGCCUCGGCGGCCUCCCCGGCCUCGGUGGCCUGGGCGGACUCGGCGGACUCGGUGGCCUCGGCGGCCUCGGCGGCGCCGGCGGAUCCGGUAGCACUGGCGGCAGCGGCGGCAGCCUUAUCCCCGGCACGACUGGCUCGGGCUCGGCCGGCCUCUCCUCCUCCAACGGCCAGGGCCAGAUGGGCACCGGCACCUCUGGGGGCAGCGUUUCGGGCGGCUCGUCCUCCUCGGGCGGCGGUUCUUCUGGCGGCUCGAUCUCGGGCGGUUCUUCGACUUCGGGCGGUAGCAGCUCGGGCGGCAGCAGCUCGGGCGGCAGCAGCUCGGGUGGCAGCAGCUCGGGCGGCGGCUCCAUCUCCGGCGGCAGUUCUUCGGGCGGCUCGGGCUCCAUCGGCGGCAGCUCUGGCGGCGGCUCUGGCUCCGCCACCGUUUCGGGUGGCUCUUCCACUUCCUCCGGCUCCUCGAGCGGAGGCGGCCUCCUCGGCGGCCUCGGCGGCCUCGGCAACAUCAUCUCCGGCGGAGGCAGCUCGGGUGGCAGCGUUUCCGGCGGUUCUUCGACCUCGGGCGGUGGUAGCUCGGGUGGCAGCGUUUCCGGCGGUUCUUCGAGUUCCGGCGGUAGCAGCUCGGGUGGCUCGAUCUCCGGCGGCGGCUCUGGCUCUGGCUCUGGCUCCGCCACCGUCUCGGGCGGAUCUUCCAGCACCACCUCGGGCUCGACUGGUGGCUCUGGAGGCGGCUCGAUUAGCGGCGGCGGCUCCGUUUCUGGCGGCGGCAGCUCUUCUGGUGGCUCCAACACCUCUGGCGGCAGCACCUCGGGCGGCAGCGGAGGCGGCUCUAUCUCCUGGGGCUCUGGCUCGCAGGGCGGCCACAAGGGCGACCACAAGGACUGCGACUGCGAGUAA